AUGCUGUCGUCCGAGGUGAAUCAGGUCCUUAUCAUACUCACCGUUGUCGUGGCCAGCAUCGCCUUCUUACUCAUCAUCUAUAUCUACUGUCACUAUAAAUGCGGUUUUUGUCAGCGGAAACGCAAAUCAACGAAUUUGCCCGAAGUCCGUAUCACGAUGCACAAUGAUAACGCCAAAACGCCAUUAUCAGUCGAUUGCCCGGAUAUCGAUUUUAUUGAUUCACGGAACACGAACAUCGUCUCGUCGACGGUACGCGUAUCAUCAGUGCACAAUGCACCGCAUCAACUAUAG